UCGAGCUCGCCUUCACUAGAGGUGUCGUCUCGUAGUCCUCCCGUAGCGCGCGACCACCUGUGACGUAGCAGCCGACGCAGCCGUAGCUACAGCACGACACCUCCGCUACGAACAGCUUCCAAUAACACAGACACACUCUCGCGAGUGUCGGAGUGGGACAGUGAGGGCUGCAGCACACGACAUGGCGGAUGACGAGUGUGAGGAGCUACCGUGGACGGGCGCAGCACGCUACCGGCCGGAGCCCCCCGCCACGCUAGCCGGCUCGUCGCGCUUCACGCCGCACGAGAUCAAGCUCAUGUACCGCGGCUUCAAACAGGAGUGCCCCACCGGCCUGGUGGACGAGGAAGCCUUCAAGCACAUCUUCUGCCAGUUCUUCCCGCUCGGAGACGCCACGCAGUAUGCUCACUACGUGUUCAACACGGUGAAACACAAGCAGAGCGGGAAACUCAACUUCGAGGAGUUCCUCGGGGUGCUGUCGGCGGUGGGUCGCGGCUCGGCGCAGGAGAAGCUGGCGUGGGUGUUCCGGCUGUACGACGUGGACGGCGACGGACGGAUCUCGCGCGCUGAGAUGCUCAGUGUGGUGCGAGCGGUGUACGAGUUGGUGGGGCCCGCCGUGCGACCGCCAUUGCCGCGCGCUGCCGCCGACCAGCACGUCGACAGGAUCUUCCACCUCAUGGACACCAACUGUGACGGCGUGGUCACUCCGGACGAGCUGGCCCGCUGGUGCGCGCGCGACCCCGCGCUGCUGCGCUCGCUCGACACGCUCGACACCGUGUUGUGA